GGUACCAAUUGGGGAAACCUAGGACACCCUGGUGGUUAUACCUCAUAUGAUUAUGGAGCUGUCAUUACCGAGGAUCGUCUAGUAUCACGCGAAAAGUACAGCGAGGCCAAGCUCGAAGCCAACUUCCUGCAAGCCUCGCCAGCAUAUCUCACCGCGAUCCCUCAGAAUAACACUCAUGCUAAUGGAAGUUAUACCAACAAUGCCGAGAUUGCCGUUACUGCUCUGCUAGGCAACAGGACCAACUUCUUUGUUAUCAGACAUGCGGCAUAUAACUCUCGUGCCUCGACUCGAUUCAAGUUGACCCUACCUACUAGCCAAGGAAACAUCACCAUUCCUCAGCUUAACGGGUCCCUGGUUCUGAACGGCCGUGACUCCAAGUUCGCGGUAACUGAUUAUGAUGCGGCCGGAACCAAUUUGCUCUACUCAUCUGCCGAGAUCUUUACUCAGAAGUCUUAUGAUGGCAAGCAAGUGCUGGUGGUCUACGCUGGCCCCAAUGAGAACCACGAGCUUGCCCUGACCCUAUCUUGCAGCAGUGAGGUCGUGGAAGGAUCUGGGGUCAAUAUUGUAAAGAAGAAGGGUAAUACUAUCCUCGGCUUCCAGAGUAGCCCCGAGAGGAGAAUCGUGAAGAUCGGCGAGCUCUACGUCUACAUUCUGGACCGAAACGACGCAUACAACUACUGGGUUCUUGACCUGCCUUCGAGCCCUGUUUCUGGUAACUACACUAAUGGAACCUUGGAGACUUCCGCCGCAAUCGUCAAAGCUGGCUAUCUCCUUCGCACGGUUGAGGUCAAGGAUACCACUCUGCAUCUCACUGGUGAUAUUAAUGCUACCACCGACAUUGAGAUCAUUGGUGGCGCACCAGCCAAGCUUACCGGGCUCACGUUCAACGGCGAGAGCAUCAGGUUCGCUCAAGACAGUUGCUCAGGCGUGGUAACAGGCUCUGUUGCCUACGAAGAACCAUCAUUCUCUAUCCCUGAUCUCUCCACCGUCGGUUGGAAGGUGUUGAACUCCCUGCCUGAGAUCAUGCCAGGAUAUGACGAUAGUCUCUGGAGCGACGCGGAUUUGACCUACUCCAACAAUACCCAACGCAACCUGACCACUCCUAUGUCACUUUACGGGUCAGAUUAUGGUUACAAUGCUGGCAACUUGCUAUUCCGUGGUCAUUUCACUGCCACUGGUAGCGAGAGCUCCAUCUACCUCCAAACUCAAGGUGGCUCAGCCUUUGGCAUGUCUGCUUGGCUGAAUGGAACUUUCCUUGGCUCAGCACCUGGUAUUGAUGCCGCUUCAAAUGCUAAUUCAACCUUCAACUUGCCCAACGUCGUUUCAGGCAGCUCGUACGUCCUGACCGUUCUCAUCGACCACAUGGGGCUCCAGGAGAACGGUCAAGGUGGCUCCAGUGAGAUGAAGACACCUCGUGGUAUUCUCAACUACUCUCUGAGUGGUCGCAACGCUUCUGCGAUCUCGUGGAAGUUGACUGGCAAUCUAGGCGGAGAGGACUACCGGGACCGCACCAGGGGUCCUCUCAACGAAGGAGGUCUCUAUGCCGAAAGACAAGGCUACCAUCUCCCGGGAGCCCCUACUUCCAAUUGGGCCAAUAGCACUCUUGGACCUAUGGCUGGUAUCACCUCUCCUGGUGUUUCGUUCUAUUCCACGACCUUCGAUCUAGACAUGCCUGCCGGUUAUGAUAUUCCCAUCGCUAUCUCAUUCACCAAUGCCACAUCAAGCAGCAACGGCUCAGCUCCUGCUGCGUACCGCAGUCAGAUCUAUGUCAACGGCUACCAAUUCGGCAAGUACGUUUCGAACAUCGGCCCACAAGACGUGUACCCAGUGCCACAAGGUAUUUUCAACUACAAUGGACCUAACUACCUUGCUGUCUCGCUGUGGGCUUUGGAGGAAGGUGGUGCAAAGAUUACCAAUCUGAGUUUGGUCGCUGGCCCUGUCAUCCAGAGUGGUUACGGACCUAUAACUCUGAGCCCUAUGACUGGAUGGUCGAAGAGAGAAGGUGCAUACUAA